AAAAGCAAGCUUAGCCUACUUUUGCAUACUCUCUUUUUCUCUCGUCAUCAUCACCUGCUGCUGCUGCUGCUGCUGCUUCUUCUUCUUCUUCCAAUUAAAUUGCUAAGAAAAACAUUAUCAUUCUGUCUCUCUGUCAUCAAUCUAGCAAGAUUUCCCAAUUCCCAGCUAACCCUUCCAUCUGAUCCCCGAGAUUCUUGACAUCCUCAUUACUUUUUGCUUAUUUUUUAUUUUGGCUUCUUUCUUUUCCUUCUAUGUAAGUUCUAGUUUCCCUUUUUGUCUCCAUUAUUAAAAUUUCCUUCCGUUUUCUCUUUCUAACCAACCAAACAAUAAUUCAGUGUUAAAGAUUUCAUUUUUGUAGUUCUCUGUUUCUUAACUUUGGCUUUGCACUGUUGGGUUUUUGGACUUCUUUGCUUUUUAUGUAAGUAUGAUUAGUUAAUUUGGAACAAUGACACGGGCAACCCGGGAUUUUGGAGAUACUAUGCGGAAAGAUGCAGUCCCAGCUGUAUCAGCUGAUGUAAUUUUUGCUUCAAGUCGUUUUCCUAAUUACAGACUUGGAGCAAACAAUCAAAUUUUGGAUGCAAAGGAUGAUCCAAAAGUAAUGUCCAUGAAGGAGGUUGUGGCACGCGAGACCGCAAUGCUUUUAGAACAGCAGAAACGCCUCUCUGUUCGUGACCUUGCAAGCAAAUUUGAGAAAGGUUUGGCUGCUGCUGCUAAGUUAUCUGAAGAGGCUCGAUUACGAGAAGCAGCUUCAUUGGAGAAACAUGUUCUUCUGAAGAAGCUUAGAGAUGCAUUAGAAUCCUUAAAAGGACGUGUGGUGGGAAAAAAUAAGGAUGAUGUGGAGGAAGCUAUUGCUAUGGUGGAAGCUUUAGCAGUUCAGCUGACUCAAAGGGAAGGAGAGUUGAUUCAAGAAAAAGCAGAAGUGAAGAGGCUAGCUAAUUUUCUUAAGCAGGCAUCAGAAGAUGCCAAGAAACUUGUCGACGAGGAAAGAGCCUUUGCUCGUGCUGAAAUUGAGAGUGCUAGAGCAGCAGUUCAGAGAGUGGAAGAAGCCCUUCAGGAACAUGAACGUAUGUCUCGGGCCUCAGGAAAGCAGGACCUGGAAGAAUUAAUGAAGGAGGUUCAAGAGGCUAGAAGGAUCAAAAUGCUGCAUCAGCCAAGCAAGGUUAUGGACAUGGAGCAUGAGCUACGAGCAUUGAGGAUUCAACUAGCCGAGAAGUCUAAACGUUCUCUUCUACUUCAGAAAGAGCUGGCAAGGAGCAGGAGAGGAGAGCAGAACAUAUCCCAGUCAUAUGAGUUAAAUGGUUCAGAAACUUUAGGUUCAUAUUUGCAGAUCAAUCCAUGCUGUGACAAUGUGCCAGUACUUUCUAAAUGUUCCAUUCAGUGGUAUCGUGUGUCAUCUGAAGGUGGAAAAAGGGAACUUAUAUCAGGAGCUACAAAAUCGGUUUAUGCUCCUGAACCUUUCGAUGUUGGACGAGUCGUGCAAGUUGAAAUUAUUGCUGAUGGCCAGCAAAUCACAUUGACUACUUCUGGUGCAAUUGAUCCUGCUGCUGGCCUGGGGAGCUACGUGGAGGCACUUGUGCGGAAACACGAUGUUGAAUUUAAUGUAGUUGUUACCCAGAUGAAUGGUGUCGAUCACAAAUCAGAAUCUAUACAUGUACUCCAUGUGGGCAAAAUGAGGAUGAAGCUUCGGAAAGGGAAGACAACAGUUGCCAAAGAAUACUACUCUACUUUAAUGCAGCUAUGUGGAGUUAGAGGCGGCGGGAAUGCUGCCGCACAGGCUAUCUAUUGGCAAGUGAAUAAAGGGCUUUCCUUUGUAUUAGCAUUUGAAUCAGAGAGGGAAAGGAAUGCAGCCAUUAUGCUUGUGAGGAGGUUUGCCUUUGAUUGCAAUAUUAUGCUUACUGGCCCUGACGACCGAUCUCACCUAGGGACAUAAUCAACUCUCAUGGUAUUCCAUUCACUAAUUGUAAUUAUUAUGUUGAGUUUCCUUUCACCCAUGUAUUAUAGGUUUGUAAUAGUAGGACUUGGCAAAUUGUAUUGUGUUAUGGGCUCCCAUCAAUUAUUUUCUUCUUUGUUUAUUGUCCUGCCCCAACACCAAGGCAUCAUUUUUAUUAGCCUUUUUUGUCUGAGUGUAAUAUAUAAAUGGAGAGAUUUGAUUGCA